AUGCGUCUGCUUCACGUCGCCGCCGUUGCGGCGCUCGCCCUCUUCGCCUGCUGCGACGCUGCCGUGGCCGAUCCCAAGAGCUCCAAGUUGACUUCAGCCGACGCCGCCGCCCUCAAUGAUGGUAACAACGGACGAUUUCUGAGGAAACGCGACGCAGAGCUCGACACGAACGACGAGGACAAGGCGAUGGCGGAGCUGGAGAGCAUGACGGAGCGCGCGGGUGCGGCCAAAACCAACUACAAGCUCUUCUACAAGGCGAAAAUGACCCCCACGCAGGUCGCCAAGGCGAUCGGUUUGUCGAUUGGAUCGCCGAAGCAGGCGAGUGAUCUGCAGCGGUUCUACCUCGGUUACUACUCGUACUACACCGCUAAGAAGCGUCGUGAGCGUAGGAAGAAGGAGCUUGAGGGAUACAUUUACCCGUGA